UAGAGAAGAUAAAGGGUCGGUGGAUUUGUAUGUUGAAUUAACAGCAAAACCCUCCUUUUUCUUUUUUUCCUCAUCAUCUUCUCUCCUUCUUCUUAGUUCUUCCAUUUCUUUUCAUUUUCAUUUAAAUAAAUUAUAUUUGUUCCCUUUUUUCAGUUUCUCUCCUCUUCUUCUUCGUCUUCAUCAAUUUCUCUUUUUGAAAAAGAUCAAAAAACUAUAUCAUAUUAUAUUGAUUUAAAACUUAGGAAGAGUUCUGAUGUCGUACUCUUAGGAUGAUAGGAUUUGGGAAACCACAGCUCAAGUAAUUGAGGUAUCAUGAGAAAUAAUAAUACUAAAAUUGUUAACCCAACCGUCAUCGGUAGCGGCGGUAGCGGUGGCGGAAGCGGCGGGGGAUCGGAUUCUUUAUUAGAUGCAAAGCUUGAACAACAUCAGAUGUGUGGAUCUAAGCACUGUCCUGGUUGUGGACAUAAGCUUGAAGGAAGGCCGGAUUGGGUAGGUUUACCAGCAGGAGUGAAAUUUGAUCCAACAGAUCAAGAAUUGAUAGAACAUCUAGAAGCUAAAGUUAAAUCAAAAGAUAUGAAAUCUCAUCCUUUGAUUGAUGAAUUUAUUCCCACAAUAGAAGGAGAAGAUGGAAUUUGUUAUACCCAUCCUGAGAAACUUCCAGGAGUUACUCGAGAUGGAUUGAGUAGGCAUUUCUUUCAUAGGCCAUCGAAGGCAUAUACGACGGGGACGAGAAAGCGGAGGAAGAUACAAACGGAGUGCGAUUUACAAGGUGGGGAGACACGGUGGCAUAAGACGGGAAAGACGAGGCCGGUGAUGGCGAAUGGGAAGCAAAAAGGGUGUAAGAAAAUAUUGGUUCUUUAUACAAAUUUUGGGAAGAAUAGGAAGCCAGAAAAGACGAACUGGGUGAUGCAUCAAUAUCAUUUGGGUCAGCAUGAGGAAGAGAAAGAAGGGGAGCUUGUGGUUUCUAAGAUAUUUUAUCAAACACAGCCAAGGCAGUGCAAUUGGUCGGAGAGAAGUAUGGCCGCUGCCGAGGGAAGUUUCGACGUUUCAAAUUUGAGUCGACGGGAGACGAGUGCUGUGACGACAGGGAGUUGUUCUUCUAUGACUCAGGCUGACGACGUGUCUCCGGCGGCCACAACCGGUGUUGGAUGUUCAAUUUCUAGCUUUAGUUCGUUGGAUAUUCAACAUCUCAAAUCUGACCAUUUUGGGUUUGUCCCAUUUAGAACAACAUUUGAUGAGGUGGGGAUGGAGGAGGGUUCAACAGAAAGGAAAAUAGGUUCAAAGGAUGGAAGAGGUGGUAGCGGUGAGUUUGAGUUGCGAGACCACCGUCAUCAAAGAGCAGCAACUCUAGAUCAUCAUCAUCAUCAUCAUCAUCAUCAUCAGCUUGUGGUGGCCCACGAUGACCAUCAUCAUCAUUCAGUUGUUAACCAUCAUCUACCAACCACAACCUUCCACGUCACAAAUCCGACUCAUCAAAUCUCCAGCAUCGUCAUCUCACCUCCUCCUCUUCUUCUUCUCGAUCACGACUCGUAUCAUCAUCAUCACUCUCCGAUCAUCCUCCAAAAUCAACCCUUUCAUCAGGAGCAGGAGCAGCAAGAAGAAGGUGAAAGUGAACAUCAUAAAAUGGGAGGAAGGUCAGCAUCAGGCUUGGAAGAACUCAUCAUGGGUUGCACUUCUUCUUCCAUCAAACACCAACCUGAAUCAUCCAUGCCAAGUGGUCGAGAGACAGAUCAAUGGAUGAAGUAUUCAUCGUUUUGGCCCGACCCUAACAACCCGAAUCUCCACGGUCACGGAUAGUUCGAUCGAAAAACCCAACACAAAAUUCAUCAUAUAUCCCUCAUCAUUGGUACUUCAAAAAAAACUUUCAAACUUGUUGAAUUGAAACCCACGUCAAAGUUCAUACUUAUAUAUAUAUAUACAUAUAUAUUUCUUCUCGUGGGUCUCUAAAAAAUAACCCGACCGAAUUGAUAAACCACAAAUAAACCCAUUUUCCUUUUCGGAUCCCUGACCGAACCCGAUAUAAAUAUUGACCCUUUCACCAAAGAAAAGUGACAAAAAAGAAAAAGAGAAGAUGAAAGGAAUUGAAAUAAAAAGAGAGAGAGAAAAAGAAAAAAAACACAUUCAUAUAAAAUAUUAUAUAUAUAUAUACAUACACAUAUAUAUAUAGAUGAAUAGUUGCAUGAAAUUUGUCACCUUUGUGAUGAUUACAAAACAUCUUUAUUGCUAUUCAUUCUCUUUAUUGGAUUAUUUUAUUUCAUUUUUUUAUUUUCAAAAAGUGGAUAUUUAAUUUGUAUACUUUGGUCAUUCUCUAGAGAGUUGAAAGUUGCAAAUUUGCAUAAACACAUUUCUUCAUUUUGUUGGUUCAUUUUCAUGCAACCUUCCUCCCUACUUUUUUUCUCCAUCAUCUAUGGCAUCAAAUAAUGUCUUCUAUAA